AUGCGUCUUCUGUCGAUUCUUCAACUCCUGCCCCUGGCAGGCGGCGCUGCAGCGGGCUCGGCCUUUGCUAGAAACGAUGAGCCGUCUCUCGGCGCAGCUGAGCCCACAAAGCAGUACAUCAUUGAAGUCGAAAAGGACACGGACGUUGACGCUUUGUCCGAGAGUCUCAACGCGGAGGAUCAUGUCAAAGUCCUCAAGACCUACAACUCGGAAGUCUUCCGUGGCUUGACCAUUGAGACGGACGUGUACAACCUCGACAGCAUUGGACAGCUGGGAGACGUGGCCCAGGCGUGGCCGGCGAGCGUGAUUGAACUCCCGGACUUGGGGCCUGGUGUGCAGCCGCCCAGCAACGCGAGGCUUGCCGCGGCGGCCAACUAUUCCAUCCAUUCGUGGACUGGGGUGGACAAAAUUCAUGCUACUGGCAACUUUGGUCAGGGCGUCAAGGUAGCUGUUGUUGAUACGGGCGUUGAUUACAGACACGAGGCGCUUGGUGGAGGAUUCGGCCCAGGUUUCAAGGUGUCAGGGGGUUACGAUGUGGUUGGCGAUGAUGGUCGAGGCCAUGGCACGCAUGUCGCUGGCAUCAUUGCAGCUCAGACAGACUCGUUCCAAGGCGUCGCGCCUGGCGUUGAUCUGCUCGCAUACAAAGUUUUCUCCUCGAUGGGGAGUGGCACAUAUGACACCUACAUUAUCGAUGCAUUCAUCAAAGCUUUUGAUGACGGCGCUGAUGUCAUCACCUGUAGUAUUGGUGUUUCCGGAGGCUGGUCGAACGGCCCCUGGGCCACCAUCGCGUCGCGAAUCGCCCAACAAGGCGUCAUCAUUACGAUCGCAGCUGCCAACGAUGGUGCACAAGGCGCAUUCUACGCCAGCAGCGGGUCUUCUGGAAAGGAAGUUUUGGCUGUGGCAUCUGCAGAAGCCGGGACCUACGCAGCGACGCCAUUCCAACUUACACAGACGAUCAAUGGGGAAACAACCUCUGUUCAGUCUGCGUAUCGGUACAACAGCAUCAACGCCUGGGACAUCGAGGCCACUCCUAUUCAUCCUCUUUACCUCAACACCUCCAGCGGUCAAGCGUGCUCACCAGCUUUGAUUCCCGCCGACACGCCCGACCUGUCCAACGUCAUCACCUUGGUCCGCCGCGGCGGCUGCGACUAUCUAGACCAAGAAUUCAACCUCAGGGCUUUCAAUGUCAGCCGAAUCAUGUUCUACAACGACAACAGCCGUCCUGACCACCCAUCGACCUGGCUUAGUGGGCCCAAGGCACUUGUUGAUGCCAACGUUGGUGAGGGUAUCGUCGAGAUCAUCAAGGCUGGCGGUCAAGUUUCGGCGGACUUUUCCAAAUUCAAGGAUGCCGAUUGGUACGUUGGUAUGCACAAUGGUGUGGGUAACAAGCCCAGUGAGUUCACCUCAUGGGGCGGCCUGAAUGAUAUGGACCUCAAGCCGGAAGUCUCGGCCCCGGGUGGCAACAUCCUGAGCACCUGGCUCGACGGCACUUGGCGGGUUGCCAGUGGUACUUCUAUGGCCUGUCCUUAUUUGGCGGGUAUUGCGGCCCUCUUCAUAAGGGAGUUUGGCGGCCGCGAAGUUCAUGGCCCCAGCUUGAGCCAGAUUUUCUACAAUCGAGUCGUUGCCAGCGGUAACUCGAUGCCUUGGUCUACCGUUGAUGCCGUGGCGUUUCAGGACACGGGAUUCUGGGCUCCAACGAUUCAGGCCGGCAGCGGCUUGGUCGACGCUUGGAAAGUUCUCAACUACACCAGCACCCUCAGCACAACGAAGUGGGUACUCAAUGACACGGCACACUUUGAUGGGCAACACAGUACUGUCAUCGCCAACAAUGCCAACGUUGACGUCGAGUACGAAUUCCUGCUCCAGCCUGCCGCUGGUGUUGAGGUCGCAACCACUUCCGGUGCUCUGGCCAAGCUCAAAGACUAUAAACCUCUGAGAAUGAUACCCAACAUCACACUGCCUUCAGGCAGCUUCAAAUUAAAGCCAGGCGAGAAGCGGAAGGCCGAGUUCUCUUUUGAUUAUCCCCGAGGUCUGAACGAAGCGAAACAGCCUCUAUACAGCGGCAAAGUCCUCAUCACUUCUUCUCUGGGGGAAACUCUCUCUGUCUCUUACUUUGGCGCAGCGUAUAAUUUGAAGGACCAGUACAAGGACAUGUUCAUAGACAACACGCCGUAUAUCAUGUCUCCUUCGCGAAACUUUCCCGAGAAGAGAAAUUUCACAUUCGACCUCAGCUCGGGCAAACCUACUAGCCAAGAUUAUCCGAAGGUCUUCACGUCUUUUAGUUUUGGCUGUGACGAACUCCGUUGGGAUAUCUAUGAGUCUGGGUGGGAGGAAUCAAGAUGGUCAUACCCACCAGUUGUCGGGGAGAACGGCUACGUGGGUGCUGCUACGGCGUUCCGUGAUUCUCUAAGAUAUACAUUCUUCGACUCGAGCAUCCAUGACAAAGAAGACACCGUGGCUUUCCCAAUCCGCGCUCUUAGUCGGAGCAUUCAAUCUGGCGGCACGUCCCUCGGGCUGGAUCGUCACAGGUUCUUCUGGCUUGGAAAGCUUGCAAAUGGAACUUAUAUCAAGCCAGGCAUCUACAAGAUGAGAUUCGCCGCUCUUCGACCUCUGGGUCUGCGCCAGGACUCUAAUGAUUGGGACGUUUGGGAAACACCAGAGAUCACAGUGCUCCCGCUUCCGGUGGAUUGA